GGCUGCAAACAGAAGCCAGUGGAGCUGAGAUCAGACUGCUUUCUUUCUUUGCAGCUGUGGCUCCUCUGCCUUUCCUCGGAGCUGAGAUCAUCCUGCUUCCUUUGGAGCUGAGAUUGCUGUUCCUACCAGAAGCCAGCUCUGUGCCUGCAGCUCCAGGCCAGCCUCCUACCCAGGAAGAGAAGGGAAGGACCUCUGCCCCUCUGGGUUCUUUCAGCCUCCCCAGCUCAGCCUGCAUAGGACCAAGGUCUGACCCAAGCUUGGAGCCUGGAGCCAGAGGGAAUGGCCCCUGGGAGCUGCAGAUCCCCAGCCCAGGAGUUGGUGACAUUCCAGGAUGUGGCUGUGGAUUUCACCCCAGAGGAGUGGGGCCUCUUGGAUCAUUGUCAGAAGGAGUUGUACAAGGAGGUCACCAUGGAGAAUGCCCGGAACCUGCUGUUUUUAGGACUUCCAGCUCCCAGAGAAGGUUUGAUCUCCCAUUUUGGACAAAGGGAAGCACUGUGGAUUCUGGAGCGAGAAGACCCCAGAACCUCCUGUCCAGAUGGAGAGACUAGGCCUGAAAGGAAGAAGGCUACUGCCAAGCUGAGCAAUUCUAUGGAAGAAUCGCAACAGCAAAGAUUCCUGAAUGGUAGUUACUGUGGCCUCAGUUUGAGAGAAAUCUGUGAUUCUGAUAUCAAGAUUGACAUAAAACAAAAGAAUCACUGUGAGUUUGAUAAAGAUGCAAGGAGUUUUAGGCAAUAUUCAGUCCUAACUCACUGUAAGAAAAUGAUCUCAGGGAAUGGCUGUUCUCGGGAUAGUAAAUGUAGGGAUUGCUCUAUUGAACAGGUAGAGGUGGUUGAAAAGCCCCCUGAAGUGCAAACUUCUCAUUGUGAGAUGGCCUUCAGCUUGAAUUCAAACCUAAUUAGACCUCAGAAAAGUCAUACUGGAGAAAUGCUUUAUACAAGUAAUGAAGGUGAGGCCUUCAGCAGUAAUUCAAAGCUCAUUGAACACCAGAAAAUUCAUAAUGGAAAGAAACAUUGUGAUUGUAAUGAAUGUGGGAAAGUCCUUAAGGAACAGUCAUCUACUAUUCACCAUCAGAAAUUUAAUACUAGUGAAAAGCCACAUAACUGUAUGCAAUGUGGAAAGGCUUUCAAGAAACAGUCCUCCCUUACCUCCCAUCAGAAAAUUCAUACUAGAGAGAAACCCUAUGAGUGUCAUGAAUGUGGUAAAGCUUUCAAUGAAAAGUCGGCCUUUACUGCACAUCAGAGAAGCCACACUAAAGAGAAAUGUUACGAAUGUAAUCAUUGUGGAAAGACUUUCAGACAGAGGUCUAAUCUGGCUGAACAUCAGAGAAUCCACACUGGAGAAAAACCUUUUGAAUGUAACCACUGUGGAAAGACUUUCAGACACAGCUCUAGUCUGGCUAAUCAUCAGAGAAUCCACACUGGAGAAAAACCUUAUGAGUGUAACGAAUGUGGAAAGGCUUUCACACAGAGCUCCAAUCUUGCUCAACAUAAGAGACUUCACACUGGAGAGAAACCUUAUACAUGUAACCAAUGUGGAAAAACUUUCACACACCACUCCAGUUUUACACUACAUCAGAGAAUCCACACUGGAGAAAAACCUUAUGAAUGUUAUCGAUGUGGAAAGAGUUUCAGACAGAGUGUCAGUCUCGUUGUACAUCAGAGAAUUCACAGGAGAUAGAUCUUAUAAAUGUGAUCAAUGUGGAAAGGCUUUCAGAUGCAGCUUCAGUCUUGCCAUACAUCUGAGAAGCCACACUGGAGAGAAACCUUGUGAAUGUAAUCAGUGUGGUAAGACCUUCUAGUAAUACUCAUCCCUGAUUUCCCAUGGGAAAGUUCACUCCAGUUAUAAGUCUUAUCAGCAUAAUGGAUGGGAAAAGGCAUUCAAAUGGAGUAUAGAGCUGGUUAGACAUCAGAAAAUUCAUUCUGGGCACAAGCUCUAUAUUAACUUAAUGUGGGAAGACUGUCAGUCAGAGAUCAUCUCUUACUUUACAUAUGAUCAUUCUUAGUGGAGAGAAACUUUGUGAAUGUGCUCAAUUGGGACAUGUCUUUUGUUGGAAGAUGGAGAGCCCCAGACACCAGCAUAUUCACACUGGAAAGAAGACUUAUAAAAGCAAUGAUUGUGGGAAAGGGAAAGCCUUGACAUGGAGGUCAUACUUGACUACACAUUGGAGAAAUGAUACUAGAGAUAAAACUUAUGGAUCCAUAAGAAGACCUCUUGCUUGAGCACAGUGAUAAUUAGAUAUCCCAAAUUUCAUACUGUGUAUAAAGCCCUAUAAAUGUAAUGAGUCUUACUCUGAGAUACUAUUGUUUUUCAGUACUCCUCAAUAAUAUUUCAUAGCAUAUACCAUAACUUCAUUAGCAGUUUCCCAGUCAACUACUACUCUCAUUUCCUGUUCUUUGUUGACACAGAAAAUUUUGACAUAGAUAUUUUGGUAACUGUUGGACACUUGUUUCUAUAAUGAUUUCUUUUGGCUGGUAGGUGGCACAGUGAAUAAAUGCUACUCCUGAAGCUACAUCAACUGAGUUCAAAUUCAGUCUAACAAAUCUUUUAACCUUUUAAUGCCUAGU